GGACUUGCUCUCGUGGCGGAAGGUGCAGGGCAGCCCGUGUGUGCGCACAGAGACCACAGGGAAAGAGAGAAGCCAGAGAGAAGGAGGUUUCAGGGGCUGACUCCGCAGGCCAAGCCCUGCAGGAAAUGAUGCUUCCCUUUGCCUUCAUUCUUGCCAUGGGGCUCCCAUUGGUCGGAACAAACGUCACCAUCUCUUAUCAGGCACGUUGGACCUAUAAAUUGAAAUGCUUCGACUGUGAGAUCAUCAACAACUUCAACUGUGCACGUGUAAGGGAAUGUCCGUAUGACAUUAGGCGCUGUAUGACCAUUUCCGUUCGUUUAAACCCUCGUGAACUACUCAUUUAUAAGAACUGUACGACCAACUGCACAUUUUUAUAUCACUCUCAAGUGCCUCCUGAAGCCCCAAGACGCCUCAAGACGAAUAGUUUCUAUUUUGUUCGUUGCUGUGGUGCCAUGCAGUGCAAUGAAGGAGGACCUAGUACUAUUGACCAGGACAUAAGCCUUGAUAGUACAAUUGAGGAGCCCAUCCCAGAAGGAACUGUGAGUUUUGGGGAGUCGAAAAGCGUCCUGAUCCUUGCCUCUAUCAUAGUCAGAAACGCACUGACUUGAGAACCGCUCCUGGGAAGGUCUCCUCAUCUUCCCCCAUUCCUCAGAGAAAUUUUGCUCUCCAUUGCUCCCUUGUAAAUCAGAGACACUGAUCCACGGUGCCUCCAGUUGGCCCUCUUAUGGUUUAUUUUAAGAGAGAAAUAAAGCAAAUUAUUGUUUGUUGAAAACGUU